GGUUCAAAAUCAGCUUUCGCCCUCAUGCCCAGACCAUCCGCAGCGCCUGUCCAGCAGCAAGCCCGCUCUGUCACUCGCCAUUCGGCUCGUCUGCUGUCGUUCCUGAACGACCGUGCUUGAGCAGCAGCGUUCGCCCGAACAUCCUGCCCCCUCCAACACAUUUCAGCCCUCACUUCUGGCACAGCGCCUCGCAGGAACGACGGAGCAGUCAUGGACCCGCCCUCAACGAGCGCCAGCUUCACCCCCGAGACCAUCGCCUGGGGCCACUUCAGCCUCGUCCUGGUCGUCUUUGCAGCUGUGAUCGUGUUUUGUGUCCAUCCCGUCGUCUGCUCGUUCAGGCGGCCGGCACUGAGCUGGCUCCGAUUCGUACCGCCCCGUAUCCGCAUCCACUUUGAUCUCGCCACGACCCCGAUUCUGGCGAUCGUGGUUCUGCUGGCAUGCGGCACCAUCGGGCUCGAGCAGCUCAAGAAUGGGUUUCUCGGCGGAGACGGCAUCGAGCCCUAUUCGAUUCUCCUGCUGGUCUUGGCUCUUGCCUAUAUUUGCAUCUCGAUUGAUGUGUCCGGACUCUUUGCCUUCAUUGCUCAUCAAGUCACCCGACGAGGCGGCCGCUCUGGGAUGGGGCUGUUCCGAAACAUGUUUGUGCUCAGCACCCUCAUGACCAUCUUCACUUCCAACGACGUUGUGGUGCUCACCGUCACCCCGAUUCUGUGCCACUUUUCCAAGAUGUCCAAGGUCAAUCCGUCGUCGUUUUUGAUGUCGUCCUUCAUUGUGUGCAACAUCGCCAGCAUGGCACUUUACAUCGGCAAUCCCACGAACGUCAUCGUCGCUCAGGCCUAUCAAAUCAACUUUCUCCAGUACUCGGCCUGGAUGCUGCUGCCGACGCUGGUGUCGAUUGCCAUCGCCUAUGGUCUCUCGCUCUUCUGGUUUCGAUCGCUCAUCCCGGCCGAGCUUCCGGCGCCGACCGAGAGCCAGUUUGAAACGACCGAGGACGAGCGCACACAUCAUGCGAUUCGCGACAAGUUCGGCGCUGUUUUUGGAGUGACCGUCUUGCUGGUGUGCCUGGUGACCUUGAUGAUGACGUCGCUGUUUGCCAACGUCAACGUGGCGUACCUGACGCUCCCGUUUGCGGCGUUGAUGCUGAUCAAGGAUGUUGUCUCGGACUACUUGUGGGCUCGUGGGACAUCUUCGGCUCACUCUGGCGACACGCGGCCCCUGGAGCUUGGCUGGCGACGAGCCAAAGCCGGGAAUCGAGCGAGCGCAACGGCAGAGCCCGUCUAUCAGCAGGUCGAUACUCAGCGGGGUACCGAGGUGGACCUCUCCGACGUCAAUCUGCCAACCGCAGCCGUAUCCGGAGAUGCUGCUGCUGCGAACAAGCGGCUGCAGCACGAUCCGUCGUCGGAUCCGGCUCGAAAGGUCGGCAGCACGGACUCGCUCGACAACGACAACGACAACGGCAACGACGACGACAACGGCAACGACAAGACUGAUAGCGGCGCCGACGACCAGCACGAGCUUUCUGGCGACGCUGCUCGCCGACAUCGGUUCGUGACGAUGCAGAUCCUAGCCCGGAUGCCGUGGAAGCUUGGCCCGUUUCUGGUCGGGAUGUUCGUCCUGGUGGAAGCGCUCUCGUUCCGCGGGUUUACGCCGCUGCUGGCACAGUUCCUGGCGAUGCUCGCCCCGAGCCUGGCCGCAGCCGUGUUUGCGAUUGGGCUUGUAACGACGAUCGCCUGCAAUCUGCUCAACAAUCUGCCGAUGGCGAUCCUGUUCACGCGGGCAUUGCAGCACCCGCUCUUUCUUCAGUCGCUGACGAUGGGACAGAACAAGACCCUGCAAGACGCCCAGUGGAUCCAGCGCGGAAGCCUCUUUGCGUUGAUUAUCGGCAGCAAUCUCGGUGCCAACCUGCUGUUUAUCGGAAGCCUGGCGGGACUGAUGUGGUCCGAGCUUCUGGACCAAUCGGGGAUUCGCGAGGUCACUCACCGGCGGUUCAUGCUGUGGUGCCUAGGCAUCACGCCGCCUGUGCUGGCGGGCGCAUGCGGGGUGCUCUUGGCCGAGAUGGCGAUCAUGAACCGCUGAGCAGGGUUGUUACGGGCGGCAGCAUGCAUGUGAAUAGAACGAUUGUGAUUGUGAUUGUGAUUGUGAUUGUGAUUGUGAUUGUGAUUGUGAUUGUGAUUG